GGUCUGGUCUGAGAUCAGCAGCAAUAACAGAAAAUAAUAAUAAUCACCCUGAAGCCAGUGGAGGGAGGGUCCGGCCCCAACAGCAGCCGCCUACAGCUUGCAAUGGUGCAUAUCUUCUGAGAAGAGCAGACACACCACCACCACCUCCUGCAUCUUUUUUUUUAAUUUCCAUUUAUAAUGUUGUUGAUUUUAAUUAAAACUACCUCACAGACUGCCUAAAGCUGGUGCUUUACGAUAUUUAAAAAAAUCUUGUGGGUUUCUUGCGGUGUUGUUUACAAAAUAAUUGCUGACAUUAAAGGCAAGGCCUUUGCACUGAAGCCAAGUGAAGAACCUCAUGAUUGCACUAUACAUAACUUGACUCAGCUAAGCUUUCGCUAGGAAGAAGGGGUUCCUGCCCUUCGGAAGGACUCGUCCACCCAGACAGGACUCUGAAGUGUCACUCUCCCACCUGGCACCCACCAGCAACGUCCAUCUCCGUGCUCUGAGGCAGGCACUCGACGCUGGGUUUCUCUUCUCUCUUCCCAUCAAAGCUCACCUUGGAAACCAUUCCCCAGCCAUGUUCCAACGCCUUACCAGCCUCUUCUUCAGUGACAGCAGCACACCUGAAGGCCUGGAGGAACCCAAACCCUUUGUCUCUGAGGAGGAGGAAGAGGAUGGAUGGCUCAUUAUUGACCUUCCAGCUAGUUACACUUCAGCCCCCAGCGAAGAGCAGCGGGUAGAAGGCCCCGGCCCCGUCAGGUUGGAGAGCAGCCCCAUGGAGGACCUCUUGAUCGAACACCCCAGCAUGUCCGUCUACGUCACCAGCAACAGCAUUGUGGUGGAAAGGGAGAGCCCUGACGAACCGAGCAGUGAAGGGGAUGUGCCUGAACCCCGGCUGGAGCGUCGCACCCCGCACCACCCCACCUCUCUCACAGCGAAAGCUGCCAUCUUGGAGAAGGUCAGCCAAGUCCGUCGGAUCCAGCGGGCAAAGCAGCUGGUGGAGAAGCACAAGCUCAGUCAGAAGGUCAUGCAGCGGCAGAACCGUGCCAGAGAACGCCACCCCCGGCGGGCCAAACACCAGGGCAGCUUUGUCUACCAACCAUGCCAGCGCCAGUACAACUACUAAACUACUUCAGGAAGUCUGCACCGUGGGGCAUUACCCUUUUAACUCUCAAGCUUCACGUCCCAUCUUGCGAUGCUUUCUCCAGUGGAGGUGUCUUCAUCCUUUCUCUGGAAUAAACCUAUCCCCAUGAGAGACGCUUUUCAAUUUCUUCUGAACUGGUGAUGCUCCACAGCAGAUCCUUGCUGAGCUCUCCUUCGGUUUCACUCCCCUUUUUACACUAGCGUAUACUUACUUACUUAUUAUUUUCUUCCUUCUCCACUUCAAUACCUGGCACUCCCCUCUUCCCCACCACUGCAGCUUUUGCUCUGGCGCUGAGCAGGAGAGAAAGCCGGCACAUCACCCUCACGUAACCUAACGACGCUGGGGGACAGCUUUUAAAUGUCAAGAAACGAUUUAAAAGAAUCAGUGCUAAAGUGUCUGGAAAAACUUGUGUCCAACCAGUUACCCUCGGGAAAAUGAUUCCUGAUGGGAGGUAUUUCCCCAGCUCCCCGCCUCCCUCCCCAAUACUUGAGUAAGUUCUUCCAGCUUCUCUUGCAACGGUUACCAGUAUUUGAAUUCGAGUUUGGUGUUCCCAGUGAAUGCUCUACUUUUCACUAAGCUUAACACCAAUGUUACGCUGAAUAUAUGGGAGGGUGAAGAUGCCCCAUCAUUUCCUUUAUCCCUUGCCGUUGUAUCGGGAGCCUGUGACAUCAGUGCCUUUCUUUAUGACAUCACACUCUUCUCCACGGAACAGAUUGUGAUGUCACAAAUGGAGAUACCAGGUUCAAGUGCAAACUGGAACAAAUUAACAACAAAAUUGGCCCAAAUUCCAGGAAAAUGUAACAAUUUAUGUGGAAUAAGGACCAUUCCCCCUCCCCCUUUAAAAACUGGAUUGUCUAUUAGAUCCUUUCUUUGAAUUAACCUGGGAGCUGGGAUUGUGGUGUCACUGAUGAUCCUUGCUUGCAUGCUUUUAUUAUCUGUCUGUUCAGAGGUGCCAUGCUGGAGUAAAGGGAACCCUGCUUGAGCAUCUCCUAGCAAGUAUUUAAGACCUGAUUUUCAGAAGUGUUGAGCACCCACAACUCCAUCUGAAAUCCAUUGGAGCUGCAGCUACUGAGUGCUUCUGGAAAUCAAGCCUGUGCAGUAUUACUGUAGCCCUUAAUUCCCCACAGCCUAUUAAAAAGAGUGCAAAGUCCAUUUUAUUAUUCCAGUGCUUUCAGGUUACAGUUGGGUGUCUUACAAUAUGUUUGGCCCACCCACUCCAAACAGCUUUAUUUAAUGGACAAGUGUCAAAGCUCUAAGCAGAUUAUUGCGUGUGGAACACAGGGUAGAGAUCAGGUGGUCUUUAGAAAGGCUGAACAAAUCUGCCUCGUGAAAUGGUCUGGAACAUUCACCAGCUUAGGCAAAAAACAACAAGAAACAAACCCUGCAAUGACUUACUUGCAUUUUACAAUAAUGAAGCCCUCAAAAAGCCCUCAUCCGCUCAAAGAAAGAAUUCUCAUUCCAGGCAACAGGCUGGGCAGAAGUCUUUGGGGGUGGAUUAUCUGUAAACACCAUAUUAGAUCUUCAGAGCCAGUGGUUGAGCAAUGAACGAGGAGGCCUGCCCCGCAGACUGGGUUGUCGUUUCCUCGGUCCAUCCAAAUCACUGGAUUUCUGGCAAAAGGCUCUCCCUGGUCUCCACUGGUUUUGGUGCCCCGGGGAAGCCAGUGAGCUGUACAUGUCGAAACAGAUCUUGGUGUUUUUCACUUUCAGUCAAAAUCUGGGCCCUUGGAAGACAAACACGCAAAGCAGCAUUGUGUAAAUCCCACCACCUCCAAGGAGCUGUUAGAGAAGCUACUCCCAGCGGACAGGUCCUGCCUCAGCAGAUGAUGAUACUUCUUCAGCAUGAUCCUAAAGCUAGUGGCUGGACAUAACCCAUCACUCAACCCCCCAAGGAGUGGCAAUUCUCCUUCACGCUGGUAUAACGGCCUGUGGUUUGCUGCCCCAGCUAGGGAUUGGGAGGGCAGCGCAGAAAGGGGCUUGUGCAAUAGUCACAGAGGUGGUAAAGUAUGUCGAAGCUGGUAGCGAAAGGAUGUGAAAGGAGAGGAAGUGAGAGAGAUUGGGGAGAAAAGAAAGGCAGGAGGAGAGAGGGCAAGACAAGAAACGAGGAUGGAAACUGGAGCAGUUGAGAAGGUACAAGCCCAAGGCCGAGAACUGCAUAGCACAGGACUUGUGCCCACGUGGAUGGAAAAAGAUACAAGUCCCCCAAGAAGAGGUAUAUACGGCAGCUCCCCUAUUCCACUGUUACAGGCACGCCUAACGCUCGCUAGUCUGAUAGUCCCUACAGGACUAUAGGGAGUUUCUGAUGGGAAAUAAAGUUCCAGGUGUUCAGCCCAGUUGAGGAAUUUCAUCUCCGUAGUCAGAACAGGCUAAUAGAGUAACCCCUGGUUAACUGCACUAAAGAUUGUGCCCUGUGUCAUGAAUAGCCAUAUUCAUCCCUGGUGGUUUUAAUGCUGCUACGCCACAGCUGGGUUUGGCCCAACAUGUUAAAAGGCCACUGCCAAGAUAAAAAAACCCUGUACGUUAAUAAUACAGAUUAGUAAAACGGCAAAGCUGUCUGAAAAUCACUUUCCUCCAUUAAUACUCUUUAUGUACUGCUUGCACUUCACUCCCCGGGGGAACAAAACUAGACUGUCCACUUCUGGUUCACAGGCAGGCUCGUGUUCCAGUGCUCGGCAUUUGCACAAUGCUGUUGAGUUUGAGUUUCCACCAUGCAAGGCCACGUUGAGCUACAAAAAUAAACCACUUUCACUGGAAUUUCUUCUAAACCAUUAUUCAAACCUUUACCUGCAUAGUAGGUUUUGAGAAAUUGUGGUUUUAAAAAUAAUUGUAAACAGUGGGCCUCCACCAUGUGAGCGCCGCUUUUAAAAUGUCUCAUAUUUGAGCUCUUGAGACUUUUGAGAGGAAAUAAACUUACAAUGAGCAGCCUCCAGGAAUGGAGGCUAACAGACCUGGUUAGCCCGGAGAGUGGCUAAUAUCAUUUUGCCUGCAGGAUCUAGCUAAAAUGCAGGUGCCAGGUGAGCCUCUAAAAAUACAGACACAAACGGGAUUACUUUAAAUAUAUUUUAUAUUUGUUGUUCUUCAACGUAAUCAACCAUUGUUUGAAACAGCCCUACUGCCUCUAUAACUCUCCCAGUUUGGCUUCUGUAAAGUUCUGCACAAGACUAUUAUUAGUGUCUCCAAACUCAAAGCCCUGCUGCCCUCAUGACACUACUGAACAGAAAGUUCUCACACAGCAUGGAAAUAAAUUCUAACCCGUUUAGAGAAAUAAGAGCAGUGCCUGGCAAAGAUUAAAAAACAGUAACAUCAUCCUGUACUAAUGGAAAGGAUGCUUCAGGCAGCUAUUUCUGAUUGAAUCAUUGGUGACUAUAGUAACUAGAGAUAGCUCCCAACCAAUAUGCUGGACUUGAACUCCCCGCCCCCCAGCACACACAAACCUUGUUGAUGUUCCAGCUGGCUCCGAGCUCUGUAGCUUGGGCCCAUCUCUAAUAGGAAUCUGCUUUUUAGAACCUGAUCCCUCCUUUCAUUGAAGUCAAGGGCAAAAUUCCCAUAUUGCUAGGAUCAACUGUUCCUCUUUGCUUUUGCACCUUUGUCAGCAUCUGGAGAGGCAGCCGAGCUCAUGUGCACAGAUCUCUUGGUAAGACGAUUUAACAGCAGUUAAGAGGGAGAACUUUAAAAGCCAGUGUUAUUUCCCAUGGUCUGGAUGAUCCCCACCCCUGUCUCUCGUUUGAUACCAGUUCCACAUUGUCUCCACGUGUUGGAGCAGGGAGUGGUGUGAUAGAACUUCAUCUGCUCACUGCUGAAGGUCCCACCAGGAGCGUGUUAAAGAUGGCAACACGUCUAUUAUUUCAUUUGCAGCUGACUCCUUACCGGAGACUGGUAAUGUCUUGACUUGAUGGGUCAUUUACAGCCGUUCACAUCCUUGGUUUUCUAUUAAAUGCCUUUUUCUCAAGUGAGCCCUGACGCAAGUCGGGACUGGUGCAUUUUACAUGAACGCCGACUCAAGUUCCUGCAGAGGUGAGGAGCAGCCAUUUCCUAAACUCAUCAAUGUCCAUGUCAGAGAAGAAUUUUUUAAAUCAGCAGCUUAGGAACAGGGUUAAAUUUUGGAUGCUGAUCAUGUCUCCUCCCCCCUAGCAUCCCCUGUUCAGUUCUCCUUUCCAUAGGCUGUUUGGUCAAUGUGUUCUGCAGCAUUAGGCUGUUUCAUGCACAUAAGGUGGCUUUAGAGGGAGAUUUCCUUGCUGGAGCAGACACCAAUAAAGAGCUGUAUGAGGUCAGUAAUUUUCUGCCUCCCGGCCAGCUCCCACCUGUUACUGUUACACAGUUCUACACCUCCACUUACGACAUGCCGCAGGCACCCUGCAAAUGACAGUGAUGUCACAAAUUUAACAUGAUUUAACACCCAGGCCCGGAGCCCAAAGCCCCCAUAACACUUGUGAUAUUUGGAGCUGACCGUUGUGUCUUGCAGAUCAAGCAGGUGCCGAAUGGCUGCAAGAGAGAGAGCGAGCAUGCAAGAGCAAAGCUUCCUAGAAACACAAAUUGCUUUGGGGGAUGCUACUCACCUUGUACUCACCUUGUACACCCCUGUGUCUGCUAAGCUGCUCGCAAGCAUUUCUCCCAGUAAGAGACGUCCCUCUUUAAAAGCCUCCAGCCUCGCUAAUUGUCCAGGACAGCGAGAAGCAAAAACUACUCAAUUAGGACUUGAUACAGCAGCAAUUGAAGUCAAUGGCAAAGCUCUAGUCGCCCUCAGUAGUGCCGGCCCCGGGCCCUUAAGUGCUGUUAAAACAGAGACACUGAGUCCAAUAGCCCAACGACUGCCCGUUUCAGUGGUGGCUCAUUUCUAAUGUUUAAAGUUUUAUUUUUAUUUUUAGACGAAGAAUGCAAGGAACUUUGCUUGGAUGUCACUGUUCUGCACAACUGCAUGUUAUCCCUAGUCAGCAGGGGAAACCAAGCAAAACUACCAUCCCACUUUAUAUCAAGAGUUUAGAAAGGGUUAAUCAAUGAUUAAUAAUGUUUUACUGAAAGGUCAAAUCCUUGUUAGACAGGUCACUAGGUUACUAUCACCAUGGCUUACAAGCAUCUAAACCAUAGACUGUCCUCUCCGUAAUAUGUUUAUAGUAUCUGUGAAUCAUUUAUUAACCCUUUUUAAGCUGAUUAGAAAUGCACCUGCUAUAAAGUGUGACCAAACAUCUAAUGCUGUGACAGAGGUGUGUUCACACUGUGCUUGGCAGCGAUCACUAGAAGUACUGGUCUGCUACCAAAUUUCCUGUCCUAGUUCUUUAACGAUCAACCAGAGCCCCUCACGCUGAGGUUGGAUGGCUCUCCUUUUAUCUUAAAGCAAAAAAGGUGCUUAAAACACAGAACCUUUGUGUGCACGUGUGUAAAUAUUUAAAAAACACAGAGUGGAUGUACGGUGUUGGUUUUGGAUUUCCAGUUUGUGGUUAGUUGUGUGAUGCUCCCAACUGAAAGGUUAAACAAACCAACCAACCUCUGGCUGGGAGCGUGUUGUUCUGAUCUCCUACUUUAACGGCUAUGCUGAGUUUUCAGUUUCUUUUUUAUUUGUGUAGGGGAAAUUACAGCAUGGACUCAGGGACAAACACGUGCAUUGGGAUCUUUAAAAGUGCAUAUUUUAGAACCAUUUGAUUCUGAUGCGUUCUUUUAUUUCCUGGGAGGCUGUGGAUACUAAUCUGCACGUCCUAAAGGAACUUGUGAAACCUAGUGAGAUGUCUUUUUAUUUUCAUAGCAUGAAUUGCUAGUACUGGCUGCCUUUUGGAAGAGGAAAAGGAUUCGAAUGGCACCGGUGUAACAGAUUUAAAGUUAGCAGUGUCCACUCACUAGCUAUGGGGCCACCCAGUGGCACACCCACCUCACUCAUGUGGAUCCCAGGAAUCACAUGGAAAUUGUUGAAAUACAAUUUAUUCGUUCUCUAGGCCAGUGUUAUUGGAAAUAUCUAGCCAGCUAUUUUUAAGCAAUAUAUUUUGAGAGGGCAUCAAAACCCCCAAGAUCUUGGAGGCAGAGCUAACAACAGAUCCGUGCUCCACAUAAAUCACAAACUUGAGCUAGAUCUUGCUCCCAGUGGAGUCAAUGGGAGCAGGAUAGGGUCAGGAGGGUGCAAAGUGGUUUGGAAAAAGUGCAUUGAGAGUAAGAAGGGGGCAGGGGAGGGGACACUGCAACGGUUGUUCACGCUCUCAGGAAUAAUGUCGUUUCUGAUUAUUUUUUUUGACAUUAAAAAAAAAAGGCACUGGGUGGAAAAAAGUCCUGGGGGCACGUCUGUUUAGAAAGCCAGGUGGGUUUGGCUCUUGCUUUCUCAGCGGGCUAAUGCUGAGGACACAGCCGGCAUGGGCAGUGCAAGGGAGUAGAUCAUCUAAAUAGGUCUUGCCCAUCUUUAGAGCCUAGGAGCCAGAUCCCUGCGAGGUACUAUCCCCCCCCCCCCCCCCACAUGACCCAGGAGAGUGCUCACAGCAGGUCAGGCUCUAUGCGAGGGGAGGGGCAGACUGGGGGGGAGGAGCCAGGGGGAUGACUGUCAUUCCCCCUCCAACAGGGUGUAACUUGCAUGGAAAGCGCAACAUGGCCCCAGGCCAGAUUCUCUCUUCUGCAGAGAGCCAGUGUGGAAAUAUAGCCUCUGCCUGGCUGACCCUGCCUGCCCGUGGAUUCUCCCACAACUGGCCCGGUGCAGAAUCAGAACCCACAUUCUCUGCCAUGCAGCAGUAAAUCCUGCCCUUCUUAGUGGCAGCGGGUGAGGGAACCGCUUCACCCCAUAAACACCACUGGCCCUGCUUUUUUGAAGUCAACAAGAGGUUAGCUGUUGGCUUCACUCGGGGCACAGUAUCCAGCACAAAGCUGGGGGAAAUGCCCCCCCCCUUUUCUUUUAAAACAUUUAUGUAGGACCAAGUAUUCUAGCAUUCUGCAUAUAACACACCUCCGAGGCAGCCCUAGCUAAGUGAUCCCAGUUCAGGGGCUGAAUUCAAAAGCGAGUCACAGCAGCCAUUUCAACCACUUAGUCCUAGAUCACAAACACACAAGCAGUCCGUGAUGCUAGACUCUGCCUACUGCAUUUUGGCCGUGUUCUAUUUGCAUUUAAAGGGUGAUGAGGAGCGCCUUCUGGCCGACAAGCCGGGUGCCAUGGAAAGCACACCCGCCAGCAGAGCUGCCCUUGGAAAGCAGCACCUACAAGUACCACUUCUGAGAGGCACCCGCUCUGCUGGGAAAGCCCAGCCUUGAGGAAAGUCAAUUUGGUCCAGCAGGGCCCCCUUCUUUUAAUAUUGCAAAGUACAAAUGUAGGUUUGUAGCUCAUCCCAAAGCUCCUCUCUUUAGGACCCUGUUAUUUCUCUUUGUAUAUUUUAAAACCAUAUGUAGCUGUAUGUGGAGCAGUUUCCUUUUCUCCCCCCCAGCCCCUGGGGGAGGAAAUCCAUUAGUGUGUUUCAUGAAGGCCAUGCACAGUACCAAACUCCCCUGCGAUGUAAAAAGCCCAUGUUUGCAGGGGCAUCUGGCUAGGAUAAUUCCCAGCCCAACUCCCUUGCAUAGAUUGGAGCUGAAAUUGGUGGUUUCCAGGUAUGGAAGAGGUGGCUUUUUAACAAAUGAGCAUGGCAGAUAUUUGUUAUUUAACAAAUAGACAAAUAUGACCGCAGUGAAAAGUGAAGGUUCAGCAUGGUCACUAAACUGUAGCUAAGAAAGCAUUCACUCCCCUUGAUAGUGGUUCUCCACCAUUUCCAUAAUGUAACACUAUAUUACAACAGAAACAACCUUUGGGACCCCUCACCCAUCUAGCUAGUUGUGACACACACAGGCACGCAGCCUGUUGGAGAGCCCCAGGUUGAGCACGAAUACUUUAAAAUAAGAUGGGAGACAAGUAUAUGUCUGGAUGAUGCAUCUACUCCCCCAAGCUCUGAACUUCUCCAGGAAUGUGACCAUUCGUUCAUGACAUGGAUACCUAACAGUACAAAGAAUAGUAUGAGGCCGUUGUCUGCACUGAUCAUAGAAUCAUAGAAUCUCAGGGUUGGAAGGGACCUCAGGAGGUCAUCUAGUCCAAUCCCCAACUGAUGGCGCACCUUACCCUAUAGUCAGAUGGUUACUUUCUCUUUAAACGGAUUGAAUUGGAAAAGAGGAGAAGUAAAAUUGCUUGAGGUCAAGGAUGUGGAAUUUUGUCUGUAUCCCCAGGGCACCUUUGGAACCUCUUCUUUAAACUCUCUGGGCCUCCUCCUCCUCGCCCACAGUUUUUAACUUCACUGACCUCUCUCUGGCCAAUUUGACUCCCAUGUAGGAUCAAAGUCAGGCCAACCCUAGUCUUUUUUCCUUUAGUUUCAGGUGCCUCCUCUAUGCCAUUCUAGAAGAACCUUUGACUAUUCUGCAGUUUGGUGACAAAAGUGGCUCAUAGGCAGGGCUUGCUUUCAUGUCAGGAUUGACCCAUUCUGGAAGGGAAGUUAAAGUCAUUCCCCACUGUGGUCAUAGCUGUUUCCAAAGCUGGAGGGAAGGGGCAGGCAAGGGCAAACUGGUUAUGUUCACCUCCAUCCGUUUCUCCUGCAGCUGUUCCUGUGAGCUGUCAGAGAUGCUGCCAUUCUGUGAACACCGCCUAGGCCCAGCUCUCAUUCCACUGAACUGCCUGGGAGUUUUGCUAAUGGGAGGGGGAAUAGGGAGAUUAGAAGAAAGUCUAUUUAUAAAUAAAAAUGGGGGGGGGGUGAGAGGAGGAAGUGCUCUGGCAUGGUUAGUAAAUCACUUUUGUUUUGACAUGUGAGAGUUUUGUGAAUCCUCAUAACAGAGGAGAUGCUGCCUCCCCUUUCUGCUCACCCCCAAAAAGGCAGCCUGGCACCUGGAGCAUGCAACAGCGGGCAGCUCUUGGAGCACAGAAGUGCACUCUCGCCAAACAGAAACAGGGUCAGAUUUUUAAAGGGCCUCUCUGUAGCCUCUGGCUUUAUGCCCUUGAUGCCGGCACGAAAAGGCUCUUUCUAAAAAGUUAGCUCGUGAAAUUUAAUUUUAAAAAAUCCCACAUUUUCCUCAAAAAAAUGGUUAUAUAAAAUGAACGGCUCCAUCUAGUAUCCAAGCUGAUGCUGACUUAUUCCUUCUUUGCUCAAUAAACACCUGCAGCUUCAAGUUCUUUCCACCUCCCUACCCCCUUUGUUUACAAGGAGGUAGAGGAUGUGGGUUAGCACCUGAUGAAACAUUCAGCCCAUAUCCGUCUAAACCCACUUGAGCAACACCAACUUCCCUAAUAAUAGGUCUGCCCCAUUAGGCUCUGAGAGAUGUCAGGCUCAUUGUUCUAGCUCAGCACGUGCUCUUCUCCACACUAGCUGCCUGCAGCUAGUGGCUCUUCUGUCAGAGGGAGUCUACACUAGCCCCCACCGUUACGGCCACCACCACCACUGCUCAGCCUUCCUACAUGGAGAUUCAGACUCUGGGUGAAAGCCUGGCUCCACUGAAGUCAACAGCAAAACUUCCUUUGACUUCAAUGGAGCCAGGAUUUUACCCUUUAUCUCCAGGGUGUGGGAGAGCCUAUUCCUUGUGGGUAGAGGGGGAAAAAACCACCCUAGCAGCAUGUAACUUGUACGGGGUCCACCUGUAUGAGAAACCCUAAACGUCUUUGCUGUUCCAACUCUUUCUUGCCUAAGAGCAAGCGGGGGAGGAAAGCUGACCAUAAAUACAAACCAUCUUAGACACCCAAUUCUCACUGCAAACAACUUGUAUCUAAUUCACUUUUGUGCUUUCAAAAUCCAGCUUUUACCGUUCCUGAGACAAAGGUACAGCUCACACUGUAACAGCAACAUAGUAAUAUUCUUUUCUAUUGUAUCAGAACUGUAUCUGUAACGUAGCAUUUGAGUGUUGCAAUAUUUUGUGUAUAUAUAUAUCUCUCAACUCCCACAACUAGGUAUUAUACUCAUAAUACUCUCCUAUAUGCAUUAUACCUCUUCAUAGUAUAUUGACUGUGUAUGUGCCUUUCACCCUUUUGCAUGGUUUGGUAACAAAUUAGGGAACCAUAGUUAAAGUCCUAUGCAAAAAACGACUGGGAAUUUAAAUACAAAAAAAAUUCUGCAGCUGUAUGUUAUUGUGGAAAAAAAUAGAUCUGGGAUUUUCAAAGGAGCCGACAGAGUUAGGCCCCCAAAUACCCUUUAUUUUGGUACCUAAAUCCCCUAUGCACCUUUGGGAACUCCUGCUUAAAAUCUGAUUUCCCACCAGUUUGAGGGUGAAGAUAGAGUAUAAAGAUGACAUGACUACCACCAGCACUUUGCCAAAACACACUGUAUGUUAAAAAUCCAUCUUUUUUCCUUUCAAAGGCUUAUCUAAAGAGGAGGUACUAUUUGGUUUGAAAGGGUUGCCUUAAACCUUCUUAAAAUGAGUUUGAGAACAUUUUCUGGUUUUGCCACCUUCUUUCCCCUCCCUCCACACCAGCACCACUCUAACAAGCAGCAAAUUUUGAGUGUGUGCGCAUUUGACCUGUUUAGAACAACCCAGAUGACCAAGCAGAUUAAACUCCUAGUAGGUUUUUUUCCCCAGCUCUGUUCAGCUGAGAGGGUGAUUUAAACCUUAGACUCUAUUGUAUGCCUUACAAUAGCAGGACAACUUUUAAAACAGGGGUUUUGAGAAGACAAAAAAAAAAGCCCCACAUUUUCUACAUCACUAUACUGUAGGAACUGAAAGCUUGUUCAAAACAGAAAGCUAACAAAAUACGUCCUUGUUGUGUGUUACAUGUUAAAGCAAUGUAAGCAAGGCUCAUAGAAAGAGGGAGUCUACGUCACAUAGAAUACUGUUUAAACAUUUGCAACAUGUUGACAGAGCGAAAGACAGACUGCCUGGGACAUGUUAUGUGGUGUGCGUGUGUGUAUGUAACAUGGUUUUGGUUGUUAGAUUGUAAUGCUGUCCUGGAAAAAAAAAAUCUAAUAUAAAGGAAAACCACAAGAAA